AUGACCAUGAUGGACGCUGCAGUAAUUGUCGCAAAUCCCAAGCAACUUGUCGGUAGACGAAAACUGCGCCGGCACAUGCGCAAUCGCGGGGAUGAUACCAACACUUCGCCGAAGAAAAUAUUCCCAAAUCGUAGAAAUUUAUCUAUGCAUACGCUUCGCAGUCCCAUCGAACUGACAGCCAGUGAACAUGGUAGACCAACAUUAGGAGAAUCCGAGUCAGAGCCACCAAAAGAGCCAACCAAGCAACCAGCAAACACGACUGCCGUGAAGGAUUAUCAUCUCAGGCCAUUCGACACUUCCAUCAACGACGCUGCGUAUAUUGCGGAUCACUCAAUCCUGCAAGCCCCGGCUGGUGGACAUACCCAAGAUGUCCCCGUAGUAGAGCCAUCAUUUCUAACAGACACUCCAAAGACCCUGGACAUGAUCCUUCAGGUAUCAGAAGCCGAUAUUCUUCCUCCCCAACCACUUCGCGGAGCUUUGAUCGACUCAUUCUUCAGAUGCCUGGCUGAUAGUUUUCCCAUGAUUGAACGAGACGAACUUGACUCGCCCAGAGCAUCGACUCUACUCCAACAAGCUGUUUGCUUCGCGGGCAGUCUUAUUCGGCCAUCGAGCCCGCAAUGGUCACUUGGCGACACAAAGGCAUUGUACGACAAAGUCAUGCUCUUGAUCUCAAUUCAUUACGAGAGAAAUGCCCUCACAGUCCUUAAAGCAAUGUGUCUUCUGACUCUUUGGAGUCCCAAAUCUCCCAACCGAGUCAGCCUUGUAGGGCCCUGGCAUGUGACUGGCUCAGCUUUACGCCUCGCUAUACAGAUGGGAAUGCAUUGCAAAUCUACAUUACUGGGUAAAGCAGAUACGAGUUGCCGCCUAAAGAUAAUCUGGAUGCUCCAUGCCAGCGAUUGUGUGCUGUCGAUGGUCUACGGUCGACCUCCACUAUUGCGUCCGGAGGACCUGGAUAUUCCAGUUCUGACCAAAGACAACUAUAGUGUCCUCACACAGGGGGCACUGGCCUUUAUGGCAGAUAUGACCCUGUCUCGUAUCAUGGGCGAAAUCGCAGAAUUGACGUCCAGAAGUCGCCUCUCCUCUGAGCAACAGCAGCAGUUCCAUGAGUCCCUCAAGUCAUGGGUGUGCGGCCUUCCUGCUGAGAUCAGCCUCUACGCUGAAGGAAUCAGGAUGCCAUACCACUUUUCCACUUUCGAGGUGCACAUAGCGUAUCUCGGUACCAUUAUACUCUUGCAGGUCCUCACACCUGGAUCUGGAAAGCAGCUGGUAUGCUCAAUCGCAUCGGUUAUUGCCGCUGUCACGAUGGCAGAUCUAUACGAGGACAUUCUUUGCAGAGACCAAGCACCAUUUCUCGCUGCGAUACACGGUUUCUUUUGCACGGUAGCAGCCAUUCCCUUACUACAGUACAAACCAGCCUCUCCGGAAUGGGAGACAAGACGUGUUGCCAGCUUAGACGUGAUUUGCUCUGUUGUAAGCAACCUAGAGAACAAGUUUGGCCUGGCAUUCACGGCGAGUCGGAAGAUUGCCCAGUUGAAGUCUGACCGAGCAAAUGUGAUUGAGCCUCAAAAUUCUACAGCCAAUGGAUCUCCCGGCCCAGGCAACUAUAGGCUGGGCACUAGUGAAAUGGCUGAAUUGGAAGCACUUUUCCCUUCACUGAACCACUGGUGUCCCGGCCUCGAGACAAUAGCUGCAGGUGUAGAUGCCGACAUCGUGCAGGAUUCAAUGACACCUACCCUGGACUCCUGGAACAUGGACACAGUUCUUGGUGAGCCAAGGUCCAUCCUCGAUGAACUAGGUGGUCCGUCCGCAUUCAUGGACACAUUGUUCAACGGUAACGACCUUUUUGACGACAUGGCUCUCGAAGAUGCAACGGUACACUCGUAUGAGUCACGAUGUUGA